CUUCCCAGAAAAGCUGAAAGUGCUUCUUAUUUACAGGUUUCCUCUUACAAGACCUGAUCUUUGCAAGAAAUGGGAAGCUGCUGUCAAAAGGAAAAACUUCAAGCCAACCAAGUAUAGCAGCAUUUGUUCAGAGCACUUUACUCCCGAUUGCUUUAAAAGGGAAUGCAACAACAAGCUUCUGAAAGAAAAUGCAGUGCCCACAAUAUUUUGUUAUACAGAACCCAGUGAAAAGCCUGAAGAAUUUGCAGAACAGCCAGAAGAUCCACUACCACCACCUCCGCCGCCGCCGCCACCACCACCACCACCACCACCACCACCAGCAGCUCCAGUACUACCGCCAUCUCCAUCAACUCCUUCUUUUCAUUUGUCUCAAAUAGAUGCCAGAUUUGUAGAUCCAAGUAUUGGAUUAUUGAUGCCUCCUCUCCAGACCCCUAGCAAUCUUGCUGUUUUUUGUGAUCACAACUAUACCGUAGAGGAUACAGUUCAUCAGCGAAAAAGAAUUCAGCAGCUGGAGGAACAAGUUGAAAAACUGCGGAAGAAGCUCAAGACAGCACAACAGCGAUGCCGGCGUCAGGAAAGACAAAUUGAAAAACUGAGAGAGAUUGUUCAGUUUCAGAAAGAAAAAGACAUAUUGGCAGGAAAAGGCUAUGUGAUUCUGCCCAAUGACUAUUUUGAAGUUGUAGAAGUACCUGCCUAGAAGUCAUGAACAUCAGUUU